AUGUGCUCAAAAUCACCUCAGGAUCACCCUUGUGGUGUGCAACUCUUCGUCAUUGUACUUGUGUUGCUCUGUGCUUGUUUUAAUGGAUUUGCAGCAUUUGACAUUGAGGCAAAUCAGUCAGCCUGGCUGUCAAUAGAUGCCUCUCCGUCUUCAGCAAAAAGGAUAUCCAAAGCUAUGUUUGGUAUAUCUUUUGAGGAGAUCAAUCAUGCUGGAGCUGGUGGAUUGUGGGCAGAGUUAGUCAAUAACUCAGGUUUUGAAGCUGGGGGAGAGAACAUUCCUUCAAAUAUAUAUCCUUGGACUGUUUUGGGGGAUGCAUCACAGUUAAUUGUAUCGACAGAUCGUUCAUCAUGCUUUGAAAGAAAUAAAGUUGCACUUAAAAUGAAGGUCCUUUGUGACAGUCAAGGAGCCAAUAUUUGUCCCAAUGGAGGAGUUGGUGUAUAUAAUCCUGGAUUUUGGGGCAUGAACAUCAAACAAGGGAAGGCAUAUCGAGUUAUUAUGUACGUUCGAUCUUUACAACCAGUGGACAUAUCCAUUUCACUAAGAAGUGCUGAUGGCUCACAGAUUCUGGCUACUUCUAACAUUGUUUCUUCUGAAGUUACAACCUGGACAAAGACUGAGGUUAUGUUGGAGGCAAGUGGAAGUGAUCCAAAUUCCAGGUUGCAACUCACGACGACUAGAAAAGGUGUCAUUUGGUUGGAUCAGGUGUCUGCAAUGCCAGUGGAAACAGUCAAGGGACAUGGAUUCCGAAAUGAUCUUUAUCAAAUGCUUUCAGAUUUGAAACCUGGGUUCAUCAGAUUCCCUGGGGGUUCCUUUGUGGAUGGUGGAUGGUUAAGGAACUCUUUUAACUGGAAAGCAACUGUUGGACCAUGGGAAGAAAGGCCUGGACAUUUUAACGACGUCUGGGGCUACUGGACUGAUGACAGACUCGGCCUGUUUGAAUUUCUUCAGCUUGCUGAAGACUUGGGAGCAAUGCCAAUAUGGGUUUUCAACAAUGGAGUUGGUCCCAAUGAUGAAGUCAAUACUUCAAGAAUCUCGCCCUUUGUACAAGAAAUUCUGGAUGGAAUCGAGUUCUCAAGAGGCGACUCUAAUUCAACAUGGGGAAGUGUCCGCGCAGCAAUGGGACAUCCACAACCAUUUGAUCUGAGAUAUGUUGCUAUUGGGAAUCAGGACUGUGGAAGGUUCAACUAUCGAGGAAACUACCGCAAGUUUUACAAUGCCAUUAAAAGUGCCUACCCAGAUAUCCAAGUGGUCUCAAAUUGUGAUGGCUCUACUCGACCUCUGGAUCAUCCAGCGGACUUUUACGAUAUUCAUGUUUAUGGUGAUGCAAAUUCUGUUUUUGGUGCGGCUCAUAUGUUUGAUAAUGCAAUCCGGAAAGGCCCUAAGGCUUUUGUGAGCGAGUAUGCUGUGACAGGAAAUAAUGCAGGCAGAGGAAAUCUUCUAUCUGCACUUGCUCAAGCCGGAUUCCUUAUUGGCCUGGAACGAAACAGUGAUGUUGUUGAAAUGGCAAGCAAUGCACCUCUUUUUGUGAAUGACAAUGACAGAUCGUUUAAUCCAGACGCCAUUGUAUUUGACUCCUCACGAGUGUAUGGAACGCCGUGCUAUUAUAUGCAGCAAUUUUUCAGAGAAUCAAAUGGUGCAACUCUUCUAAACUCCACAAUCAACCCAUCUUCACUAGCUGCAUCUGCUGUACUCUGGAGAUCUCCCCAGAAUGGCAGGAUUUAUUUGAGGAUAAAGGUUGUGAACAUGGGUAGUAACAUGGUGAAUCUGAAGAUAUUGACAGACAAACUGGAUUUGGAUGUCGACACAACAGAUCCGGCAAAUGGUGGUUCUACCAAAACUGUAAUGACAGCUACCAGUUUGAUGGACGAGAAUUCUUUCAAUCAACCAAAUAAGGUGUUUCCUGUGAAAUCUUCAUUGAAGGGAAUUGUUGGUAAAAAUAUGGUUGUCCCUAUUUCUCCAUACUCAUUAACUGGCUUAGAUUUGUUGACCAAGAACACAAAUGCCAUUGCUCCUCUCGUCCAAGAAUUUACUGCUUCUGUCUUCAUUUUUUAA